AUGGCCCAGGAUUAUGUGGAUAAUCAAGGCUCUUCCGGUUGCUUCUGGGUUGACCCAAGCGUAGCCCACACGAACUUGGCUCGUGGAUGUUUUCAUGUCUUACGUAUGCAGCUCAAGUUCAAUAUAUGCAGCCUGGAGUCGUUGUAUCUAAAAAAUGAAGACGUCCCGUAUUUGAGCUCUGUAGUCGAGGCGAAGAUUCCAGAGAGUCUCCGGCGUAGUAGUUUAUAUUGGAUGUACCAUAUUUCACAAGCGGAAAACGACCGAGAAUUGCAAGACUAUGCAGUAGAGCUACUUUGCUCUCCUAGGGCAUUCUUUUGGAUUGAAGUCCUAGUCUUAUUGGGCGCUCUCGAAAAGGCGAAGGAGAUUCUAUUACAGUGUAUUGAUCAUUUUAAAGGAAUAGACGAGAUCGCUCAUGCUGCAACCGAACUGCAUAGCUUCAUCUCUGCCCGUCACAACGUAACUGCUGUCAGCGUGUCUCACUUGUACGUCUCUGCAUUGGCAUGGGUACUGCCAGACUGCUCCAUAGUGCAACAUGAGACCACCGCUUUCUAUGAAUGGAAGUCACCCUUGUCGGACGACAAACCUCCCAAGCACAUGUCCCCCUCACAUAACCCCAACCACACUUUGCUGCGUGACGCCGACAUUUCACUUCUCAAAGGAGAUACAAGACAUAUACGGGAAGCCAGAUACACACCAGAUGGAGGUGCAGUCAUCUCCUCGACAUAUGAUGGCAUGUUGCGGAUAUGGGAUGCUAAAAGCGGACAGAGCCGUUCGCAUGUCACGUGCCUGGAAUUUGGGCUAGCCUAUUCACCCGAUGGGAGCAGGAUAGCUUCUGGCUCAGACGAUGGAAAAUUGCGCACAUGGGAUGCUCUCACUGGUGCAUUUCUUUUUGAAUCUUGUGACGGUCAAAAAAGCUGGAUCAGUACCCUUGCAUAUUCACCCGAUGGGACCAGAAUCGUGUCUGGUUCUUAUAACGAGACACUGCAAAUUUGGGACGCGCAGAGCGGCACACAAGUCGGUGAGCCUCUCGGGGGACACAAGGGUGGGAUUUGGGCCGUUGCAUACGCUCCAGACGGGAGCAGGAUUGUGUCGGGCUCUGUCGAUAGCACUCUACUGAUCUGGGAUGCACAAAGCGGCGAACCCAUCGGUGCACCACUCGAGGGUCACAAUAGCUCGGUCAGCAGCGUUGCUUAUUCUCCCGACGGGACGAGGAUCGUGUCGUGCUCUGAGGACAGGACACUAAGGAUCUGGGACACACGAAGAGGCAGACCUAUUGGUAAAUCUCUCGAGGGUCAUGGCAGUGAGAUUUAUGUUGCAUAUUCUCCGGACGGGAGCAGACUCGUCUAUGGGUCUUGUGACACGACGCUGCGAAUCUUGGACGCUUACACUGGAGAAUCGAUCGGUGAGCCUCUCAGCGGUCACGAGAGCCGGGUCGUAUCCGUCACAUACUCUCCAGACGGAAAUAGAAUAGCUUCUGGAUCCUGGGACGGGACGAUACGUAUUUGGGAUGCACACAAUGGCACAUAUAUCAAGACAAUGUUCCUCGGUGAAAGUCGAUGGGAUCCUGAAGCACAAUGUUUCUUAACGGUUGCCAGAAACUGUUAUAGGCUUUUCAUUGUACUUACUGCCAAUCCUUCAACUAUCCUGGAUGAUGGCUGGCUUCAGACACUGGACGGUAGCCCGUUUCUGUGGGUCCCCCCAAAACAUCGACGCAGUGUAUGCCAUAUAGGCCAAAUCCACAUUCCGAACAACAAGGAUAGAAGGGUCAUGUACAUUGACUGGACGAAGGUUCCUCAUGGGAAGGACUGGACGAAGAUUAUGCGUGACGGAUCCGCAUCAACCGAAACGACUCAUCUGACAUCCACCACUCCUUUAUCCAAAAGUCCCAAUACCACGUCCCGUCAUACUUCUCGCUUUUUAUCCGUUUCUUCUGUAUUGCGAGGAGGAAUUGGUAGUAAUACCAUUGGCCACCGCAGUCUCCUUAGUCCUAGAACGAACUUAGUGUCGAGUGAAGAGAAUGUAGCGAGUCUGAAGAGGGCGGCGGGAGCGUCAGGAUCGCCGUGCAAUAUGGAGUUGAAGAGUUUAGGUCGGAGGACGAUUCGCUGA